UUCCACGGGGUACCUGCUACUUUCAACCAGCAUAUGUACUUUUACAACACGACUCGUUGGAUUUUGCCUUUCAACCUUUAAUUUGUGGUUGAAGUUUCCAUCUUUGUUUGUUUUGCAAACAAUGUAGUGCUUUGUAAAUUAAUGAGGAAAUUCGGUAGUGUGUAGUUUAAGUGUAAGUUUCUUCUUAUUGUCUUAGGUGGGUUUGGGAAUUCAUAUGGAGCAGAGUGGAUAUUGAUAUUCAUAUUGCCGAACCCAACUAGUUUGGGAUUGAAGUUAUAGUUGUCUUGUGCUGCCUUCGGCGGGUAAUUUAAAAUUUAAGGGCUAUAUAAAGCUUAAUACACCUUUAGAGAAGCAUUUGAUAAAGCGGUAAAAAUUUAUGUAAUGUGUGCGGAUGUGAAGGUGUUUUUUGUAAUGUAAAGAUAUGAACUCAAAGGGUAAGAAUGUAAGGAGGCAGAAGGCAUGUUGUUUAGAACACAUGAAACAUCUUCUUUUUUAUAAACCAGCCGAUCGAUCCUCACAAAUGUUCGAGUAAUUAUCUAAGAAGGCUUCUUCUUUUCGGGUGAAGUCUGAGAAGGCUUAUUUAUCUGUAGAAUAAUGUGUUGGUGAAAAUUAUGGUGUAUUUGUUUUGUCUGUACUGUAUUGAAACGUGUGUUUGAAAUGUUCUCUAGUUGUGUGUCAGUUUAGGAACGGGAAUGGAGAAAGUCGUGCUAUUUUGUUUGCUCAUAAAAAAAAGGGUAUCUUGCUUUUUUAUUGACAGUGAAUGAUCUUAUGUUGAACACUUGUUUGUCAUGUUUUCAUUGGAACUGUUCAUGAGUUUUGCUUCCAUUUUUCUUGCCUAUGACAUUUGUUAUCAGUUCAUUUUUGACCACUUUGUGAUGACAUUACUUUACUAAUUUUAGGAUAUCCUGCCCAGAGAGGAUCCUUUAAGUUGUUUUAAAAGUUCCGUUCUUUGGAUCUUAUUUUAGUUAGAAGCCAUUUCACAAGUUGUUGAUGUUAUUAAAGUAUAUGGUUGGCGCAGUCAGAUUCUAACAAGGAGAAAAAAAGAAUGUCAGACCUGGCUCUUGAACCUGCAACAUGAAGCAUUUUUGGAGCCGCCUUUAUGCUACAGUAGAAGAUUCCCUUAUGUCAGGGGAUUCAACAAUUUAUAUUUUAAAAAUAAAAAAAAAUUACCUUGUAUGCUUAGUAUGAUUUUUGGGCUAAGAGGAUUCAAUUGAACCCCUUCAUGCAAUAUAGCCCUGCCCCUGAUGGUAUUGCUGCAGUACUGGAAGCAAUGGAGAUAGAGGAGGAAGGAGUCAUAGUAAAUUCCAGUAGGCUAAAAUCUGUUGUGUGGAAUGACUUUGAUAGAGUAAAAAAAGGUGAUACUUUUGUGGCUAUCUGUAGGCACUGUAAAAGGAAACUUAGCGGGUCUAGUACCAGUGGUACUUCACAUUUGAGAAAUCAUUUGAUCAGAUGUCGUAGAAGAUCAAACCAUGACAUAAGUCAGUUGCUUACACGGGGAAAGAAAAAGGAGGGACCCCUUGCCAUCUCAAAUUUUAGUUAUGAUCAAGAACAGAGAAAUGGUGAAGCAGUCAGCAUUGUGAGGACUAGGUUUGAACAAGGACACAACCAUGGGAUUGUUAACUUUGAUAAUAGGCGAAGCCGGCUUGAUCUUGCUCGCAUGAUCAUAUUACAUGGCUAUCCUUUGUCUAUGGUUGAACAUAUUGGUUUCCGUAUAUUUGUCAGAAAUCUUCAACCCUUGUUUGACAUUGCAACAUUUGAUGGAGUUGAAGCAGACUGUCGGGAAAUAUAUUUGAUGGAGAGACAGAAAGUAUAUGAAGAGUUGGACAAAUUGCCUGGGAAAAUCAGCCUUAGUGCUGAUACAUGGACUUCUAAUGGUGAUGCUGAAUACUUGUGUUUGACGGCACAUUACAUAGAUGAUUCUUGGCAUCUUAAAAAGAAGAUUCUGAAUUUUUUAACAACUGAUCCUUCCCAAACAGAAGAUAUGCUGUCAGAAGUUAUCAUGACUAGUUUAAGAAAUUGGGAUAUUGACCGGAAAUUGUUUUCCGUGACAUUUGAUAACUACUCAACAUAUGACAAAAUUGUAAGUAGAAUCAGAGAGCAGCUUUGUCAGCACAGGUUUCUUUAUUGUGACGGUCAAUUAUUUGAUACACGCUGUGCAGCUAAUGUUGUUAAGUUGAUGGUCCAAGAUACCUUAGAAACAGCAAGUCAGAUAAUCCACAAGGUACGGGAGAGUAUUCGAUUUGUUCGAAGUUCACAGGCAACACAAGAGAAGUUCGAUGAGAUGGCUCAAAUUGCUGGGAUUGCUUCCCAGAAGUGCUUGAAUCUUGAUAAUUCAUUUUAUUGGAACUCAACUUAUAUCAUGAUUGAAACUACUUUGGAGUACAAAGACGCAUUUCCCCUUUUGCAAGAAAGUGAUUCUCGGUAUGCAAUGUGUCCAACUGGGACAGAGUGGGAUAGGAUAAGUGCCAUUGCUAGCUUCCUAAAGCUCUUUGUUGAAGUUUCCAAUGUUUUUGCAGGAAGCAGGUAUCCUACUGCAAAUGAAUACUUCCAUGAGAUCUGUGAUAUUCAUUUGCAGUUGAUUGAAUGGUGUCAACACUCGGAUGAUUUUGUUAAUUCUUUGGCUCUAAAGUUGAAAAGCAGAUUUGAUGAGUACUGGAAAAAAUGUAGCUUGGCUUUGGCGAUUGCGGCUAUCUUAGACCCACGAUUUAAGAUGCAACUGGUUCAAUAUUAUUAUCCACAAAUAUAUGGUGAUAGUGCUCCAGACUGCAUUGAUAUUGUCUCAGAUUGUAUGAAGGCUCUGUAUAAUGGCCAUGCUAUUUACUCACCGUUAGCUCCUAAUGGUCGAGCUGAAGCUUCUAGUGCUAAUAAUGAUCGGCUGACAGGCUUUGACAAAUAUAUCUAUGAGAGCUCACUGAGCAACAACAUUAAAUCAGAUUUGGACACGUAUUUGGAGGAAAAAUUGUUCCCUAGAAAAGACAAUUUUAACAUAUUAAACUGGUGGAAGGUUCACACCCCAAGGUAUCCUAUUCUGUCCAUGAUGGCACGCAAUAUUCUAGGAAUGCCGAUGUCAAAAGCUUCACUAGAGUAUGUUUUCAACACUGGGAAUAAGGCUCUUGAACCGUAUCGCAGUUCGCUAAGAUCAGAUACCUUGCAAGCUUUGAUGUGUGCCCAGGACUGGAUGCGCGAUGAAUUUGAAGAUACAAAGGCUUCAUCAAGCACCGUCACUCUGGCCCUGUGUUAUGAUGCAAAAUAAGAGCAAGUCUUUGGUAUGCUUUUGUUAGCCCAGGUUGCCAUUCUUUUUGCGUUAUCUGUGUAUAUUUAGCACCUUUUAAACGGUCUCCUCUCUCUCCUUAUGUUAAGAUUUUGUAGAAAUUAGUUCAUUUGAAGAUUUUGCUUUUCUGGAGCUCCCAUAAAUUAGUUCAAGAUGGGUACUUUUGUUCAAGAAUCUAAAAGCUUUUCGCCAUCUUAACCCUCAUCAAUUGACUUAUCUCUAUCUAGUUUUCUUUUCCUUCUUUUUGGGUUCUUUAUGGUAUUGAACAUGUCAAAAACUGGAAGACUUUUCCACAAGGGAUGAUCAUUCAGAAUUUAUGUAACUCAUGCUCAUUAUGGUCUGCGAUUCGUUCAUCCGAACCAGCUGAGAGAAAAAUCAUGAGGUAUUCGUGGACUUUUGCAGUUUUCAUUCCCAGCCUCAACCUACCGGCAGAUGGUAUUGUCUUCUGUUUAGUAUUUUGGGCCUCUUGAGUUGGACCAUAUAGCAGCUGAAAAGGGAAAAGGUAGUGAGUUAUUCUGCUUAACUGAUAAAAGUUAGAUAAAAUAACCAAGGAAUUUUAUAGGGCUUUUGCUUACUAUGAAGCCUUACUAGAAACUUAUGUAGUAACUUUCUAAUUUCAGUUUUUUCAAUAUUUGGUACUAUAUUCUGGCAAAAAAAGAAA